AAGAGCUCUUCUUUGGGAGCCGAGCCUAAAGAGCCGGCUCUCUGAAAAGAGCCGGAAUUCCCAUCACUAGUGUCCUGAUGUCCUUGAUCUUUUUGAUGCUCUCCUCACCAUCCCUGCAACAACAGCUGACUGCGAAAGAGGGUUCAGUGUCAUGAAGCAGGUGAAAAGUGACUGGCGCUCAUGCCUUAAAGAUGAUAUCCUCUCUGACCUCUUGAAAAUACAGUUGUGCUCACCUGACAUAACUGACUUUGACGCGUCCAAAGCCAUUGAUAUAUAGCAUGCUGACAGCGUGCGCUCACGCAGGCCUAACUUUGGGCGCAAACAUGCAGCAAAAAAUGAGAGUAGCUCAGAUUCUGAUGCCGCUUCUGAAGAAGAGCUCUGACUUUUAUUCUGAAGGAUGUGAUCAGCGGAAGUUGUGUAUGUCGUCAGCAGAGCGUCGCUGUCACGUCCGGUAAAACUGCUAAUUAAACUAAAUUAAAGAUGCUGCUUGAAGCAUGUGGGAGACAUUAAAACGGUGAGAGACGCUUUAAGUGACGCUCGAAGCUGGAAAACCGUUUAACAGGUGUAAAACUCGCUUCCGGUCCCAGCAAACUGCAGCCACGUCAGAGGACUGCACCUGUUCAGGAUGCUCCAGGGGCCGUACGGAAACCCGGACCAGGACCGGCUCCUCAUUCGGCUGCCUUUCAAGACCUUCGCCGUGGGAACGGUUCUGUUGCCGGUGACCGGCUUCAUCACCUGCAUCUUCAUCUCCCUCUUCUACCACUAUGAAGAUGUGAUGCACACACACUGUAAGGUAUCGAACUACCUCCCAUCCAUCAGCUCCACCAUCGCCCGCUUGCCGGAGCGCUACGUCUGGCGCGUCUGCAUUGGGCUGCACUCCGCGCCGCGAUUCCUGGUAGCCUUCACCUAUUUCAGCUUCUACCGUGGCCGCUUCAGCAGUCAGCGGUGGGAGCGGCUGCUGAGCAGGCUGGCAUUCGUCUGCGGCGUCGCCGAGAACGCUGGCCUGCUGCUGCUCACAUAUGUGUCGUCUAAAGAAAACCACCGUUACCAUGACAACGGAUUCAGAGUGUUCACAGGGAGCUCGCUGCUGCACAUGCUCAUUACGUGCUGGCUGUGGUACGUGAUCAAGAGAAGCUACGAGAGCGCAGAGGAAGAGAAAUCAUAUCGUUGGAAGCUGCGUUUCUUCGUUUUAAACUUCAUCUGUUUUCUGGCUUCCUACCUACUCUACAAACGGCACAACGAGCGCUGUGAACCAGGAGUCUACACUCUGUUCGCCUUCUUCGAGUACCUGGUGGUCUUCUCCAACAUGGCCUUCCACAUGACGGCCUUCUGGGACUUUGGAGGCAAAGAGGUGAUUGUGGCCACGCCGCUGAUACGACACUGAGCUGCAUUUAGUGAUUCUUUUUUCUUUACGAUUAAAAUAUCUGCUUGUAAAGUCUGAUCAGUAUCCACGCAGCAGACAUUUUCUUGGAAACCAGCUACCUAUGUCCAUCUUUUAUAUACAGUCUACAGUCAGUACCAGGCUGCACCUGAGCCUCACAGCAGUUCAUAAAAUAUUCAUGACCUCUGAUCUGCUGAUUCAUGUUUCAUCAGUCUGCUCUCAUGUACUGAUUCAUGUCCACAAAUUGAAUAUUUUCCACUUUUAAAAGGCGGUAAUGGUUCAAUAUUUCUAUUUCUGAUGGUUGGAGUCCCUGAACUGGACCUCUGGACCAUGUUUGUGUUGUUGGAGCCGUUUUGGAGCCUGCUUUGGCUUCAUUGGACUAACGGACAGUCCAAGAAGUUGGAGCUCCAGGUUUGGAUGUUACUGAGCACCAGGGACCAAAUGCAGUGGCUGAAUAUCAGUGAACAUUUUGAAAAAUAUGGAGCUGAUAAAUUUACAGAAUAUCAUCUAUGAAAUGUUAUGCUUUAAAAAGGAAUCUCAUCUAAAGUCAGGGGCUUUAUACUUUGUGCUUUUAUGACCUUUCUAAAAUGAGUUUUACACAUUAUUGUAUUUUUCUAUCUUUAUGUUCUGAGGUUUUAUAAUCCAUCAGUGCCGCAAACUGCUGUAAACAUCUCUCUGAUGAAGC